UGCAUGAGGAAGAGAUUUGUCAGUUGCAAGAGAGGAAGUCACUACCAGGUACUGAGAAAAACGUUUGCUGAAAUCAGAGAUCAAAUACCAGCUCUGUGAGUCACAAGCUCCAUCUCCUAGUGAAAUGCUGAUUCUGCCAUUUCAAUUGUUAGCAGUUCUGUUCCCAGGUGGUGACAGCGAGGACGCCUUCCAUGGACCAACCUCUUUCCAUGUCAUCCAGAUCUUGUCCUUUGCCAACAGCACCUGGAAACACAAUCGAGGUUCAGGAUGGUUGGAUGAUUUGCAGAUUCAUGGCUGGGACAGUCACUUGGGCACCGCAGUACUCCUGAAGCCCUGGUCCAAGGGCAACUUCAGUGAUGAGGAGUUUGCUGAGCUGGAGAAGAUAUUCCGAGCCCACUUCCAUAGAUUUACUCAACAUAUACGGGGGAGUGACAGUCAAUUCCAGUUGAAAUACCCCUUUGAGAUCCAGGCCAUAGCAGGCUGCGAGCUACGUUCUGGGGGUUCUACAGUAAGCUUCUUCAGGGAAGCUAUAGGAGGAUUGGAUUUCCUGAACUUCGAGAAAGACACAUGUGUGCCUGCCCCAGAGGGAGGAAGCAGGGCACAGCAUGUCUGCAAACUAAUCAUCCAAUAUCCCGCUGCCAUCAAUAAUGUGAUGAAGCUACUGUUUGACUUCUGCCUCCAAUAUCUCUUGGGCUUCCUGGAUGCAGCGAAGGCAGAGCUGCAAAGGCAAGUGAAGCCUGAGGCCUGGCUGUCCACUGGCCCCAGUCCCGGGCCUGGCCGUCUGCUGCUGGUGUGUCACAUAUCUGGAUUCUACCCAAAGCCUGUGUGGGUGAGGUGGAUGCGGGGUGAGCAGGAGCAGCUGGGCACUCAGCACAGUGACCUCCUGCCCAACGCUAACUGGACAUGGUAUCUCCAAGUGACCCUGGAUGUGGCAGCUUGGGAGGCAGCUGGCCUGUCUUGUCGGGUGAAGCACAGCAGUCUAGAGGGCCAGGACAUCAUCCUCCACUGGGGACACCCCAUCUCCAUUGGCUUGAUCUUUUUCACAAUAAUAGUGCCCUCCUUGAUCCUUUUGCUGUGCCUUGCAUUAUGGUAUAAGAGGCGCUGGAAAUUUCAGGAUAACCCUUGAGCCCCUGUCCUAUCUCCUGUCCCAUUUGGAAUAUGCAUCAAGAAGUCUAGAAUCCCAAGAUGUAAACCCAGGUGUCAUUCUCAUCAUAUUUCAUCAAGUUAUCAUCAUAUUUUAUCAAAAUGGAGUGUUCAUAGAUUUUAGAACAAAUCAUAACUUAAACACUGUGAGAAAAAUUAUUUAAAACUGUCAAUUUAUUGUACCAAUAGUGUACCAAUAGUAUGAUCUAUGUCUUAUACAUUAAAAUGUAAGAAAGUAUGUGUCAGAAUAAAUGAAAUAUGUUAGAUACA